AAUGUAAACAUUACACAAGUUUAUCAUGUGAUAUUAGUUCAAUACUCACUUAACAUCUAGUACAACUAAAAGGAUGAAAAGUCAGUCUCGAAAAUUUUCUUCUUAAAUAAAUAUGGCGUCAAUACAAUCAUCUUCACAGGCUGUAAAUGAAGAAAAUGGACAAUCUAUUGAAGAUGAUAAUAAUUUUGUUCCUGUUCGUAAAACGUAUAAUACUUUAGGUCUAAGCAUAUUAUGUAUUGGUAUCGCAUCGUUUGUUAUACAAACGGAACUAGCACAAUUUGUACAAACAGGAAUUAAAUUUCAUAAACCAUAUUUCAUUCUAUGGGUAGCACAUAGUUGUUAUAUGAUAAUAUUACCGCUUCAAUUUAUGUUUAGACUGAAUCCACUUCAAUAUUUAGUAGAAUUUCUUGAUGUUGGAGUUGAACUAUUUGGUACAAUUAAACCAACGUAUUAUUCAGUUUUAACAAGAAAUCAAGCAGUGGAAGAAGUUGAUCAUAAUAAUUAUUCGAUUGACGAUACAUCUAUAACUCAAAUUUUAACAUCCAGGUAUUAUAGAUCAGUAAUAAUUUAUAUUCUAAAGAUAUCAUUACUAUUCGCUUGUGGUAUAUGUAUAUCAGGAUAUAUUUGGUAUAUUGCCGUAAACUUAACCACAAUGGCUAAAUUAACGGCAAUAUAUAACACGAGUUGUUUUUGGGCUUAUGUAUUUUCAAUAAUUUUAUUAAGUGAGUCAAUCAAAGUAGAAAAAAUUAUAGCGACAUUUUUAAGUAUUACAGGAGUAGUAAUUAUGACAUUUUUUGGUAAAGAAAACAAUGAUAAUGGACAUUUUAAUAAUAAUACUAUUGUUAUAGUGAUGGGAGAUUUAUUAGCAUGUUUUGGUGCUCUCAUGUAUGGAUUAUAUCAAGUGCUUUAUAAGAAAUUAGGUAGUCCUCCAACACCGUCUUUUUUAUUUGCAAAUACAAUAACAGGAUUAAUAGGAGUGCAUACUUUUCUUUUUCUUUGGAUACCGAUACCAUUAUUACAUUUUACUGGUAUUGAAUUAUUUGAAUUACCUGAUUCAGGAACAUUCGGCUUUAUACUAUUAAUUGCAAUAGCAGGAGUAUUUUUUAAUGCAAGUUUUAUGUUAGUGAUAGCAUUAACUUCCCCUUUAUUUGCUGCUAUUGGUAUUAUGUUAACUAUUCCAAUUGUUGCUUGGGCUGAUUUAAUUGUUAUUAAUACACCGAUAACUGUAAGUACUGUGGUCGGUAGUUUUUGUAUAUUAUUAGCUUUUGUAUUAUUAAGUUGGGCAAGUAUUAGGGAUGAAAUUAGAAAACUUUAUUUUAGUUAGAGAUAGAUAAUAGAGUAAUUACUAGAAUAUUAUCUAAUGUAAUUUUUGUAAUAUCUUUAUUUUACUUAACUUUUUUUUAAAAAAAAAAAGU